AUGUCCUCAGCAGCGAAGUCGACGAACACGCUCCCGACGGACUCGUCGCUCCCCGGCGAGCACUUCGAGAUCCGCCAGACGCACACUUCAGACGACUACCAUCCGGAUCCGUCCAAAUCGAUUAAGCUCCCGCCGAAUCGGCAGGCGUUGCUCGACGACAUCAUCGCGCUCUACUCGUGCCAGCCGACGCGCCGUCGCGUCGAGCGUUACACGUCCGACUGCGUCUAUGACGACCAGUUCGUGUACGCGAAUGACCGGUACAAGAUGGCCGGGCAAUGGUUCGCGCUCCCCAAACUGUUUAAGGCGAGCGUGAAUGAGGGGUAUGAGGUUGUUGUGAAUGAGCCAGGCUUGAUCCAAUUCAAGAACGAGCAGACUUGGACGUUCCCCGGCGGCGUUAAGUCCACCACGAUAAACGCCAUCGUUUCGUUGUCGCUUGAUCCCUCAACCCAAGACUCCGACUUCAUCCAAGUCAAGUACCACAAGGAUCAGGCCAACCACAAAGACUAUUCGCACACCGGUCCGGGCUUCGCGUUCAAGAAAUGGCAAGCGGAUAAGGUGGCGGGCAUGAUGGAUAGCGAGGAAGUGCAGUAUUUCAAGAAGGAUGCGCGUGAUGAAUACCAUGAGGAUGUUAAGACGUACAAGAGCGGAACCGACCAGGCGCCCAAGAAGACCUUCUGAGCUAGUGGUCGUUGAAUCCAUAUGAGACCACCCGUACUUUCUAUUCUUCAUCGCUCGGCGACUCUGGUAUUAUUUGGUAUAUCUUGACCUCGUCCUGUAUACCUCCCUGAACAAUGAAAUGGAUAGAUGAAUUCCUGUCGAUUGUCACGGAUAUUGCCUUUACUGACCUCAACGCUAACUAGCUUGUCUCCAAUCAAAUGAAGGUCGCUGUCUGGAGAGAACUCGGGCAGAUGCGACAGUGUCUUCUCCCGGUAGGGCAGCGAAAAGGAGAACGUCGACGCGAACAAGUGGGCGCCGCCAGCGUGCGUUAGCU